CAACAAAACUAUCAGUGUAACGUCCACUACAUUUGACAGGUCAAAGAACUCCCUUCCUUAAGGACUUUACAAUAACCUUACAGGAGGCUAAAGCAUACAUAUCCGUGGGUAGUGGGUAAGCCUUGAGAGCACAGUGUAAGUCUUGAUAACAUUUUGAGGUAGAGAACUAGUAGACACUGAUCUGUUUUCCGGACCUCAAUGUAAUUGCAAGGGCACUUCAAGAGGGUAAGGGGCUAUUGCAACUACCCAAAUUCGCUAUUGUAGCAUAAAAGCUUUAAUUGACAGCACGUAUAGGAAUGAAAGACUGUGUUCGAAUGAAACUGUAAAAAGCAGACACAAAUAUGAAUGUCAUAUAAUUGUCAUGUGUCGCAAAACAUUUUUUUUUUUAACCUUUGAAAAAUGUGAAACCCAUUUUUAGCUCCCAGCUAUAUACAGCAGAACCUGCGAUGGGCCGGAUUUGCCUUGAGGGUUGUAGUUUGCCCCUGUGGUACGCAUGAAAUGCCAGAAUUUUAAAAAGAUGUGUUAAGUGUGGGACCAUUUGUGGGGCGGUUUAUGCUAACUUCCAAUACUGUAAUAUAUGUCAAAUCGCUUUUGAGUGCCAUUUAGUCUGGGUGGCCAUGCCCAGGAAUGGAUACAGAGAAAGGGGCGCGGCGGUGCCGCGCACCACCCUCUAGGAAACUGGUAUCGCAGCCCGCAGCUCCUAGGAACUGAGACAGCUUGGGCAGGGGCUUCAGGGACGCGGAGAGGGAGGCUUAUCUCUGCCUAAAGAGGAUAGCGGCCCCCAAACAAGCAAGCCAGGAUACUGCUCCGAGGUCCAGCCCACGAAGGCAAAACGAACUCCCACCGCUCACACACCCGGGAAACACAAUAGGAGCACAGCACGCCCCACCGGCAAGCCACGCCUCGCGCAGCACGCACGCACGCACGCAUACACGUCUGUCGCUGCUUCCCGCCUUGCGCUCCGUCAUGCUCUAUUGCGCAUACCUCGGGGAGGGGGAAGAACGGAGAUUGACAGGGACGCAGAGGCCUGAGCGAGGCGGAAAAACCUCACCCGGGCUAGCGGGUAGACCCAAACGGCUAGUGCGUCACUUCCGCUGGGGGCGGGGCGGGGCUGAGUAGGUGGUGACCCAGCUGCUGCGCCAGUGUUUGUGUUGGAAGCUCAGCUGAUGCAGGCCGGUAGGAGUGGACGUCAAUGCCGGGAACGAGCGAGUCGCCGCUGCAGCCCUUGUGACUGCGGCCUGCAUCCCGAUUGUCUUCUCCUCCAAGGUCUACAUGAUUACCUGAGGUUUAAUAAUUUUGCCUUUCUAGAGUGUUAUAUAGCUGGAAUCAUACUAUGGUCUGAAUGUUUGUGCCUCUCAAAAUUCAUGUGGAAAUCAUAACCGCUAAGGUGAUGGUAUUAAGAGGUAAGACCAUGAAUUAUGGCAUUUCUUAAAUGAAGCACUCAAGAAGUGAGAGAAUGUCAUAGAAAAUAAAUGAUUUUUAAGUUAUGUCUAUUAAUCUGACUGUAGAUAUAUAUAUUUACCUCCUUAGUAAUGCAAGAAGUGUUUGUGGGAAGCCGAGAAGCAAGCAACUGCAUUUCUUGUUCUCACCUAAGCAUUGCUGGAGGAUAAGCCACAUCAGUCUACAAAGAGGUUUUCAUACAAACAUAAUAAGAUGUAAAUGGACCAAAAGCGAAGCACAUUCUUGCAGUAAGCACUGUUACUCUCCAAGCAACCAUGGUUUACAUAUUGGAAUUUUGAAACUUAGCACUUCUGCUCCCAAGGGACUUACAAAAGUGAACAUUUGUGUGUCCCGUAUUAAAAGUACUUUGAACUCUGUUUCAAAGGCUAUUUUUGGCAAUCGAAAUGAAAUGAUUUCACGUUUAGCUCAAUUUAAGCCAAGUUCCCAAAUAUUAAGAAAAGUAUCAGAUAGUGGCUGGUUAAAACAGAAAAACAUUAAACAAGCCAUCAAAUCUCUGAAAAAAUAUAGUGACAAAUCAGCAGAAAAGAGUCCUUUUCCAGAAGAGAAAAGUCACAUUAUAGACAAAGAAGAAAAUAGAGGUAAACGCAGUCUUUUUCAUUACACAAAUAUUAUAACCACAAAAUUUGGAGAGUCAUUCUACUUUUUAUCAAAUCAUAUUAAUUCAUACUUCAAACGUAAGGAAAAAAUGUCUCAAGAAAAGGAAAAUGAACAUUUCCAGGACAAAUCAAAACUUGAAGAUAAAGAGGUGGAAGAGGGGAAAUUAAGUUCUCCAGAUCCUGGCAUCCUGGCUUACAAGCCAGGCUCAGAAUCUUUAGAUACUGUGGACAAGCCUACAAGUCCUUCUGCAAUACCUGAUGUUCUUCCAAUUUCAACUAAACAAAGUAUUGCUAACUUACUUUCUCGUCCCACUGAAGGUGUACAAGCUUUAGUAGGUGGUUAUAUUGGCGGACUUGUCCCCAAAUUAAAGUAUGAUUCUAAGAGUCAGUCAGAAGAACAGGAAGAGCCUGCUAAAACUGAUCAGGCUGUGAGCAGAGACAGAAAUGCAGAGGAGAAAAAGCGUUUAUCUCUUCAGCGAGAAAAGAUUAUCGCAAGGGUGAGUAUUGAUAACAGGACCCGGGCAUUAGUUCAGGCAUUAAGAAGAACAACUGACCCAAAACUCUGCAUUACUAGGGUUGAAGAACUGACUUUUCAUCUUCUAGAAUUUCCUGAAGGAAAAGGAGUGGCUGUCAAGGAAAGAAUUAUUCCAUAUUUAUUACGACUGAGACAAACUAAGGAUGAAACUCUUCAGGCUGCAGUUAGAGAAAUUUUGGCCCUAAUUGGCUACGUGGAUCCAGUGAAAGGGAGAGGAAUCCGAAUUCUCUCAAUUGAUGGUGGAGGAACAAGGGGCGUGGUUGCUCUCCAGACCCUACGAAAAUUAGUUGAACUUACUCAGAAGCCAGUUCAUCAGCUCUUUGAUUACAUUUGUGGUGUAAGCACAGGUGCCAUAUUAGCUUUCAUGUUGGGGUUGUUUCAUAUGCCCUUGGAUGAAUGUGAGGAACUUUAUCGAAAAUUAGGAUCAGAUGUAUUUUCACAAAAUGUCAUUGUUGGAACAGUCAAAAUGAGUUGGAGCCAUGCAUUUUAUGACAGUCAAGCAUGGGAAAACAUUCUUAGGGAUAGAAUGGGAUCUGCACUGAUGAUUGAAACAGCAAGAAACCCCACAUGUCCCAAGGUAGCUGCUGUAAGUACCAUAGUAAAUAGAGGGAUAACACCCAAAGCUUUUGUGUUCAGAAACUAUGGUCAUUUUCCUGGAAACAACUCUCAUUAUUUGGGAGGCUGUCAGUAUAAAAUGUGGCAGGCCAUUAGAGCCUCAUCUGCUGCUCCAGGCUACUUUGCAGAAUAUGCAUUGGGAAAUGAUCUUCAUCAAGAUGGAGGUUUGCUUCUGAAUAACCCUUCGGCUUUAGCUAUGCAUGAGUGUAAAUGUCUUUGGCCAGAUGUCCCGUUAGAGUGCAUAGUAUCCCUGGGCACCGGACGUUAUGAGAGUGAUGUGAGAAACACGGUAACACACACAAGCCUGAAAACCAAACUUUCUAAUGUUAUCAACAGUGCUACAGAUACAGAAGAAGUCCAUAUAAUGCUUGAUGGCCUGUUACCUCCUGACACCUAUUUUAGAUUCAAUCCUGUAAUGUGUGAAAACAUACCUCUAGAUGAAAGUCGAAAUGAAAAGCUGGAUCAGCUGCAGUUGGAAGGGUUGAAAUACAUAGAGAGAAAUGAACAAAAAAUGAAAAAAGUUGCAAAAAUAUUAAGUCAAGAAAAAACAACUCUGCAGAAAAUUAAUGAUUGGAUAAAAUUAAAAACUGAUAUGUAUGAAGGCCUUCCAUUCUUUUCAAAAUUGUGAUGAGUAUAUGCAUAUGGUCUCAUAAAUGAAGCCCUGUUCAGAAGAUCCACCACAUUCAGUAAGGAAUUGUGGGAUUCGACAUGAGUUAACUUUGAAAUACUUAUGAAUUCUGGAGAAUCCUGAAAAAGAUGGUGCUUCGACCAGCUUGCACAGUACAGAGAAUAUUCUUGAUUACAGAAUUCAUAUGGGAACUAGACUUUUAAGAUGUUAAUAAUUAACUAAGCUUUUGUAACCUUACUGUGCUAGUUGGUUUUAGUAGAUGUUGGUGUUAUAUUGUUUGAUGUUUGAAAAUUUAUUAAUAUAUGUGCCGAACAAGAAACUGAAAGCUAUAUUGUACUUUGUGUUUUUACUUUAGUCCUCAUAAUCAUGUUAAAUUUAUGUGAUCAUUGAUUUUAUUUCAUAUGGAAAAGCUAAUUUCUUCUUAAAUUUACGUUACCUAAUCUCACUAGCUAUGUUCUCCAAUCCACACUGCCUUUAUUGUAAUAUCGUCUAAAUAGAUGCAGAAAAUGGAAUUUUCUCUAUUAAAGUAUUUUACAUUUGAAAUAUGAAAGAACCAGAUACAGUUUUCUAUUCAAAUAUGUUUAUUUUAACAUUGGUUAAAAAAGGUGAAGUUCCAGUCAACCACUUUUUAAUCCCUAAAAUUUCAAGAUAAUGCUGUAUUAACUUUUCCAGAUCUAACACUAGCUUAUUCUUCCCUGUUAUAAAAUGGUUUGAACUUACUGAGAAAAUAUUCCUAUCAUUAACAAAAAUAAACUAUUUAAAUAA